GGCUCGGGGGGCUGGAGUCCGGGACGGGCUCCGGGAGUUACUUACAGUUUCUCCCGGCCGCGGACACCAUGGGCCAGUCCGGCUGCCCGCUGCGGGGCCUCCUGCUUCUGGCUCUGAUCGGUCGCCCAGGCUGCCUGGCUGUGGUGCAGAUCUCAGUGCCAGCGCAGCUCGAGGUGCUGCUGGGAUCCCCGGUCACCAUCCCCUGCACGCACAGUAUCACCGGGUCACCUGACACCCGCCUGGUGGAAUGGUUCAUCACGGACCGGGACGGGGAGAGGCGGCGUGUGGCUUACAGCGAGGGGGACCGUGGGGAGGUGGACCAGGGCACCGAGUACUCAGACCGUGUCCACAUGGACCCCGAUCUCAGCCUGGUCCUGCUGAAGGCCGACGUGAGCGACGAGCGGGCCUUCUCCUGCCAGGUGACAGCAGGGGCCGCAGGCAGCGCCGAGGGGGUGGCCCAGCUCCGGGUGUACGAACCCCCCGAACCCCCGGAGCUCACAGCUAACCCCGGGAUCCUGUCCGUGAUGGAGCGGUCGGUGUCCGAGAUCGCCACCUGCAGCAGCCGGAACGCCAACCCCUCCCCCACCAUCAGCUGGUUCAAGGAUGGGGCCCGCCUGGAAGCGCCCACUGAACGCAAUGACGACAUGUACGUGGUGUCUCGCUCCGUGAAGGAGGCCUCAGGGCUGCAGUCUGUGUCCAGCACCCUCUAUCUGCGCCCCAGCAAGGCCGACAAGGAUGCCCAGUUCCAGUGCCUGGUCCAGUACCCGCUGCCCCAGGGGAAGGUGGGCAACACCACCUCAGAGCGCUUCAGCCUCGUGCUGCACUAUUUCACGGAGAACGUGGAGUUCCUGCUGGAGUCUCCCCUGGUGAUCAAGGAGGGGGACGACGUGAGGCUGCGGUGCCGGGGGGAUGGGCAGCCGGAGCCGGAGUACAUCUUCUACCGGGUGCAGGCCUCCAAGGUCAUGGAACUGGCCACCAAGCAGGACGGGGUCCUGACCCUGCCCAGCGUUUCCAGGGCCAACAGCGGGACCUACCGGUGCCAGGUGCUGGACUUCGACAGCCCCCCUGAGGUGCAGCUGGAGAAGGAGGUGACCAUCCACGUCAACUACCUGGACCCCCUGACCCUGCACCCAGGCAGACGAGUGACAGUGCCCCUGGGUGGAGACGUCACACUCACCUGCUCCGGACAGGGCUCCCAGCCCCCGAAACUGGUGUGGAGGAAGGGUAAGGAGCGAGUGGCUCACGGUGGCACCCACACCCUGCACUCGGUCUCAUACCACGUGGCCGGCACUUACACCUGCGAGGCCUCCGUGCCCAGCGUGCCAGGGCUGCAGCGGGACCAGACCGUCCAGGUUACCGUGGAAGGGAAGCCGGAGAUGGAGGAGCGCCCGACCCAGCACCGGCUCCCAGGCGAGGGGCAGCACAUCCAGCUGACCUGCUCCGCUGUGGGACACCCUGAGCCAGAGCUCAGCUGGAGCCUGCCGGGGGUGAAGCCGGUGGUGAGCGGCACGGGGAACCGGGUGACGAGCGAGGUGACGGUGGAGGUGACGGCGGCGCUGGCCAAGUCCGGGAUCUGGUGCCAGGCCAGGAACCGGUUCGGGGAGGCCACGCAGCACUUCACCCUGGAAAUCGAACCCCCAGCAGCUACCCCCUCCUCUUCCCCCCCGGCAGCGGGGGGUCCUGAGCCCCAGGGUGGCAGCGGCGCUGCGGUUGUGGCUGUCGUGGUCUGUGUCCUGCUGCUCCUGCUCAUCGUUGGCUUCUUCUACUGCAUGCAGCGCCGGGGACACCUGCCCUGUGGGGCGGGGGAGAAGAGAUCACUGACACCCAAGGAGGGCGGCGCGGAGGACCCGGCUGUGGAGAUGAAGACGGACAAACGGAACGAGCAGACGGGGCUGCUGAGCCCGAGCGGGGGCGCUGGGGGGGGCGACGGGGGUCACGAGUGCUGAGCCCUGCCCCAGCAGAUGGCUGUACUGGGAACCCCCGCAGAGGAGGAGGAGGCUGGGACGGCAGCCGGCUGGGAGAGAUGGAUUUUGUCCCCUCUGUUUCCCCCCAGGGGCUGCGGGGGACAUUUACUCCAUCCCCCGAGUUCUUUUUGUUUCAAUGCCUGGUUUAUAUCAAGAGACCUUUUCAGCUGCCAUGGGGGGCUCCCUCCUGUCCCCCAUGGACUCCCCUGCCCCCCAGCACACUGUCCGCCUAUGGGCUCCACUCUCAUGGAUUCCCUGCUCCCCACAGCAUCUGGAGAAAGGGGAGACCCUCACCUGUCCCCAGUUAUGGGGGUCAAGGCCAGGCGGGCAUGUUCCAUCCAACCCUCCCACAGCACCUCCUGACCCACAUCCCCUGCGACCCCCCAGCACUGGCACCCUCAGGCCCCCGCUUACCCACAGCACAUGCCCCUAGGGUCCAACCACUCAUGGUAGCAGCCCCCCAUCGCCUUCCCUCCCUCACCUCCAGCAUUGGUACCCCAGAACACACCCCUCCCCCCAUCUCUGCCCUUCCCUGUGUCCCCCAGCACCUACCCCCCCCCCCGCCAUAUUGUAUUUAUCUCUGGUUGUGAAUGUUUUUUUUACGAGACCUGUUUGUUUAGCAGCGUUUUGGGGGUGGUUCUGCUGCCCCCCAAGGGGUCUGUUCCUAUCUGUGCCCCCCCCAGGACCUUCCCUAGUCGUGACACUGGUGUUUAUUUUACUGCAAUGUCUGUUGGGGGCAGUGGAGCUGGGGGGGAACUGGGGAAGCCCUGAGAAGGGGUGCCCCCCCCCGGAGCCCAGCUCUACUAACCCCUUCAUGGGAUCCCCCCGACCUCCACCUUCCUGCUCCCAUGGCACCCAGAGCCUGGGACCCUCCCCCAAUGAAAGACCUGGGCCCCUGCUGCAGCCAUGGGGGCCCUGCCCCAUCCCCCACCCUGCGGAGCUGCAGUCCAUUGUGCUGACCCCUCCCCCCCUUGAACCCAACUGGGGGCUAUUUAUGGCUCUUUCCUGCCCCCAGCCCUAGGGGCCACCAUGGGGGGAGCACAGGCCCUCCCCCCACCAGGAUUAUCCAGCCCCCCCAUCAUUCCAGGCCUGACGAUGCCCCAUCCCAGCGCCCUUGUCCCCCUGUCUCAGGGGCACCCUCACAGCUCCCCCAGAAGGGGAUGGGGCUAGGAGCCUCGGCCCCCCUUUUCCCAGCCUGCCAGCAGGGGGCAGCAUCCUCUGAGCAACCCCCCCCCCCGCCCCCCGGCAUGGGCCACCCGCCCUCCCAGGAAGAGCCCUAGGGGUGAAUUUCCCCCCCUCCCCUGGGGCUGGUCUGUCUAGUCCCCAAGCCCCCCACAUAGGGUGACCAGCAAGCAAGGGGGGCAGGGGGUCAUAGGCAGCUACGUAAGACAAAGCCCCGAAUAUCAGGACAUCUGGUCACCCUACCCCCCUGCAGCUCCAGCGCCCCCCCCAUUGUUCUGCCUGUUGCCUGCUGCCCCCCCCCCACUUUACACUGAGGCUGGGUAUUAAAGAUUGUAACGCCUCCCCCCA